UCCCACCAUCAUCAUUGAAUUGAAGCGCCACCGUCCCAUUCUCUCUCUCUGUCUCUCUCUUAAGAAUUAUUUCUCAUCUCUUUUUUCUUCAAGUCGAAGCUAAGGCAAGGAGAGAGAUAAAGGGAAGGGGGGAUGGAGUUCUACGAGGAGUUCAUCUGGACGGCGGUGGUCUCCAUCCUCCUCGUCCUCCUGAUCAGCAAACUCGCUGCCCUCGGCGGCGUGGAGGGCGAUCUCGGCAGCGACGCUUCGGCGGAGGCGGCGGCGCUUCCGGAGGAUAUCGGGCUCCGACCGGCGGCGAUCGCCGGCGGAGGAGGGGUUUACGUUGAGGAGAGGAGGGAAGGAUUGGGGGAGGGUGGUGGUUUGGGUAUAGAAAAUGUCGAUGUUGGUUGCGGAGUUGAAGCGGAUCUUGGAUCGGACGGAAUGGAGGCUAGCGAGGUGGAAGAAGAAGGGGAGAUAUCGGAAAGAGAGCGAUCCUUGCAGGAUAUCUUGGAGAAGGCCGAGGAGGUGAGAACUGGUGAGUUUGAUCGAGAGAAGGAGAAUACGAUGGAAGAAACUACAGUUAAAGAGGAGAUUGGAAAGACUGAUGCUUUGUUAGUCAAAGAAGAAGAGGGAUUUUCUAAGGAUGAAGUUAAUGUGGAGAAAGUUGCAGGAUUGGACGAGGGAGAAAUGAUGAAGGAAGACGAGAAGCGGGGAAGUGAGGAGAAGGGGGGAACGUUGCUUUAUGGGGAGGACGAGUGGGAGGGGAUCGAGAAGAGUGAGCUGGAGAAGCUUUUUGGUGUGGCGGUGGCUUAUGUUGAUAGUAAGGAUGGUAAGGAAGCGGUGUCGAGGCUUAGUGGUGAUACACAGAUGCAGUUGUAUGGGCUUCUAAAGGUUGCGACCGAGGGGCCGUGCUACGAGCUGCAGCCGAUGGCUUUGAAGGUUGCUGCUCGCUCCAAAUGGUCUGCUUGGCAACGACUGGGGAGUAUGGAGCCAGAGGUGGCUAUGGAACAAUACAUCAACCUUCUUUCUGAAAGCAUUCCUGGAUGGAGGGGAGAAAAACCUGAAGAUGAAGCCAAACAUAAUGAUGGCAAUGAUUCUCCCAUAGCAGUGGUAUCUGGAAAAGGCACACCUGAUUCAAGCUUAUUCUCGUUCUACCAACCAAAUUUGCCGACUGAAAGUUUAUCAGAAGAUUCUUCUUGCACUCAAGGUGGCAGUGUAAGUGGUGGUCCAAAGCCUUUGAAGCAAGGGCUGACCAAGACAUUCCUUUUUAACCUGCUCUCUCCAACCAGAGUGACAUUCGCAAGUUUCUACUUAUGAGCUGGGCUAACCCUAUAUCUGAGGAUCCUCAUGGUUCUAAUUGGGACUAUUUGCUCUGGAGAGGUGGCUGUAGGCAGAUCAUGUCUUCUUUUGUUAUUCCUCAGUCUCACGGUUAGUCUCACUGUAAAGCUUGCAUGGUGUGUAUGACUUUAUAUGUGUACAUAGUUCAUAAGGUAUGUAUUACUGGUAAUUGUAUACUUGGGGCUGUUAUUUUAUCAGUAAUAUAUUCUUGAUGAUUCCUGCACGGUA